GUUCCCUCCCACUCUGUCCAACCAUCCACAAGGUUGCAGAGUGCUCACCUCACUUUGUAACAACAGUCAACACUGGAUUGUCUCCCUGGAUUAUAUGAUAAUCUCAUUUUGAUUGGUGGUGCCUGCUGGGGGAGACAUUUUGGAUUAUUAUCACCUGGUAAUGAUGCCGACCCGGUGCUGAAUCAGGGUGUGAGAGCUGGAGGCAGAGAGAGAGACUGACACCUCCAAUCACGUUGACUGAGUGACAGAACAGACUGGAAAGCUUGAUGGUGGUAAUAAACUAAACUAAACAGAUCCAGACCAAGGCCAAAAUGGAAUUACGAGUAGGAUUUCGAAUCAGCUUGGUCCUGGUCAUCCUGGCCUUGAGCCUGUCUCGUGAGGGAGUGGAAGCACAGAGGGCAGGGUGUAAAAAUGUCCACUAUGACCUGGCCUUUAUCCUUGAUACCUCAUCCAGUGUUGGAAAAGAGAACUUUGAGAAGAUCAGACAAUGGGUGGCCAACCUGGUGGAGUCUUUCGACGUGGCAACAGACAAGACAAGAGUAGCUGUUGUUCGCUACAGUGACAAACCCACAACCGAGUUCGGCCUGGGAAGACACAGGACCCUUGAAGAUGUGAAGCGAGCUGCCCGUAACAUACGCUACCUGGGGGGAAAUACAAUGACCGGGGAUGCUAUCAGCUACACAACCACUAACAUCUUCACAGAGCAGAACGGAGCGAGGCCUAAAGCCAGAGGCAUUCAGCGGGUGGCCAUCCUUCUCACAGAUGGACGAAGCCAGGAUUAUGUUCUGGAGCCCUCAAAGGAGGCUGCCAAAGCCGGCAUCAGGAUGUUUGCCGUGGGCAUCGGGGAGGCGCUAAAGGAAGAGCUUGAGGAAAUCGCUGCUGAGCCAAAAAAUGCCCAUGUCUUCCACGUGACGGACUUUAAUGCCAUUGACAAAAUCAGGGGCCGGCUGAGGAGGCGGCUGUGCGAGAAUGUCCUGUGUCCAAACAUGAAGGUUCAACCUGAUCGCUUUAAGCCCAACAGCACCAGUUAUGGUCUUGAAGAGGUUCCAGGGUUCGACCUGAUGGAGUUCUUCAGUGUGAGAGAUAUCCUGGGAACCAGAGUUGAUGAAGGCCAGAGUUCUUAUGUUCGCCUUGGCACCAUGCCCAUUGUACAGCAGACAGAAGACGUGUUUCCUCAGGGGCUACCGGAUGAAUACGCCUUUGUGACGACAUUCAAAUUUAGGAAAACUUCAAGACGUGAAGACUGGUACCUCUGGCAGGUUUUCGACAAAUAUGGAAUCCCACAGGUGUCCAUCCGUCUGGACGGUGAAAACAAGGCGGUGGAGUACAACGCUGUCGGGCUGACAAAAGAUGCUGUCAGAGCCGUGUUCAAAAACCCUGAAGUUGACAACCUGUUCGAUCGUAACUGGCACAAGAUUGCCCUCAGUGUCGAGGCCAAGGCUGUGUCUCUAUACCUGGACUGCAAACACAUCCAGACUCUGCCCAUCGGAGACAGAGAGGACAUUGAUAUCCAGGGGAAGACAGUGAUUGGAAAGAGGCUGUAUGACAGCGUGCCAAUUGAUUUUGACCUCCAAAGGAUGAUGGUCUAUUGUGAUUCCAAGCACGCGGAGCUGGAAACCUGCUGUGAUCUACCCAAUGGACCUUGCCCUAAGAAAGUGGUGACAGAGGCUCCCCCUAUGGAGAUCCCCACUCCAACCCCGACUGUCGUGGAGCAACAAAGAGGUCCGCAAGUCAACUGCUCAUGUCCUGCAGGAGGGAAGGGAGAGAUCGGUUCACCUGGUGUUGCAGGUCCCAAGGGUGCAAAGGGUGAAACUGGCCCUGUGGGCGCCAUCGGACCGACGGGCAGCAGAGGAGAAAAAGGAGAAACUGGCAGAGUAAUCUCUGUCAAAGGUGGCAGAGGGGAGAAGGGUGAUACAGGCAGAAUAGGGUUGACAGGUGCUCCUGGACAAAAAGGAGAGAAGGGACUUGGUGGUGUGCCAGGUAUUGAUGGCUUAUCUGGAGACAAAGGAGACAAAGGUGAAUCAGGACAGGCUGGUGCUCCAGGGUUGGCGGGUCCAGCUGGACUAAAGGGAAUUCAAGGAGACUCAGGAGAUCCCGGCGCUCCCGGACCAAAAGGCGUCAUUGGCGAAUCGGGCAUACAAGGUGAUAAGGGAUCUCCAGGGACAGCGGGCCUGGCAGGUGUGGAUGGAUUACCAGGAAAACCUGGCUUUCCUGGUAAAAAUGGUUUCAGAGGAUUGACUGGUGAAACCGGGCCAAGCGGAGUUAAAGGCAACAAGGGGGAGAGAGGCCUUCCUGGAAUACCUGGGGAUGUGGUUCAAAAAGAUGGUUUACGGGGUGAAAAGGGAGAUGCUGGACCUCCUGGGCCUCCAGGGGCUGAGGGCCCCCCAGGACCUGUUGGUCCUCCUGGUGUGGUAGGUCUGCCCGGGGAGCCUGGAGAGUUUGGCCAAAGGGGCAAGAAGGGUGAAAAUGGAUUACCUGGAGUGGAUGGCCUUCCUGGACCUCCUGGUCUUCAGGGUCCGUCUGGGCCAGAAGGAAGCCGAGGACAUACUGGACCUCCAGGCCUUCCUGGUGAAAUUGGAUUUUCAGGCAAACCAGGGGAGCCUGGGAAGUCUGGUCUUCCUGGUAAAGAUGGUCUCGACGGUCUUCAGGGAAAUGAUGGUGCCCCGGGGCCCAGGGGAGAGCGCGGAGCAGAUGGUUUUUCUGGAAAGCCUGGAACUAAGGGGGAAGAGGGCCCACCUGGACCAAGAGGACCUUCGGGGGAGAGAGGAGAAGCUGGUUCGCCUGGACAACCAGGAGCUGAUGGAGGAAAAGGAGAGAGGGGCGUUCCGGGAGAAAGAGGAAUGAAUGGACCGUUUGGGCCAAAAGGUGACAAGGGAGACAAGGGUGAAGUGGGAACGAGGGGACCACCCGGCGCUCCAGGAGAUGUUGCAAAUGUCAUCCCUGAGCCUGGUGAACCUGGAAUACCUGGAGAAAAGGGUGAGAAAGGAGAACAAGGCAAACCAGGAGAAAUCGGCCAGCGAGGAUUACCUGGUGAACAAGGUUUCAAGGGACCAGCAGGACCAGCGGGUCCAAGUGGCGACACCGGACCUCCAGGAGAGACAGGACGUGCUGGAGACCCUGGUCCACCUGGCUUAGCUGGUCUUCAAGGUCCUCGUGGAUUACCAGGGAGCGUGGGCAUACCUGGGAUCACUGGGCCUCCUGGUCCAGCUGGACAGAGGGGAGAUAAGGGUGAAGUGGGUAAACCAGGACAAUCAGGCCCCUCAGGCACACCUGGAGAGCCUGGCUUGACUGGACCUCCUGGACCGCCGGGGAAGGGCAAGGACGGGCAACGUGGAGAACCAGGACCACAGGGAAUUCAAGGACCCGAAGGGCCAAAGGGUCAACCAGGACCCCGAGGAGAAUCGGGGGCACCAGGGGAGAGAGGCUCUCAAGGAGAAGGCAAAGUGGGACCAGUGGGUUUAAAAGGAAAUAAUGGCGAGCCUGGACCUGCUGGCUUGAGGGGUUUACCUGGAGUUGCUGGUCCUCAGGGUCCAGCAGGACAUAACGGUUUACCAGGAAGGCCAGGAGAGAAGGGAUCAGCCGGAGAGCCUGGAAAGGCAGCAGACCUCUCUGACCUAAAUCUGAAGGAUGUCUGCUCCGACUGCCCUGCAGGUCCACCCGGAGCACCCGGUCUUCCAGGCGUCCUCGGAGAAAAAGGACACCCGGGUCUUCCUGGGAAAAAUGGUCAAGAUGGUUACCAAGGCGCAGCGGGGCAAGUGGGACCUCAAGGACCCCCCGGAGCUGCUGGAGGACAGGGUAUAAAAGGUGAUCGAGGACCUGCUGGAGCAGCCGGAGACAAAGGGGAAAAGGGUCACCCAGGACCCCCUGGUCAUCCAGGUUCUCCUGGCUUGAUGGGUGCAGCGGGUAGCGAUGGACAGCCAGGCACAGUUGGCCCCCCAGGGCCCCCUGGAGAAAAGGGCAAAGAGGGUCUCAAAGGAAUCCAGGGACCACCAGGUCUUCCUGGCUUGAUGGGAUUGCCUGGAAAAAUAGGAAAGGAUGGCAGACCAGGUGAAACCGGAGAAACUGGCAAGCAGGGUGAGCCUGGGCCACAAGGAAACUCUGGACUCAGGGGACUCCCGGGCUUUAAAGGCCACAGAGGCGAACCUGGAGCUCCAGGACCUAAGGGAGAAGAUGGAAAGUCUGGAUCACCUGGACAUGACGGCAAAUCUGGAAAGGAGGGCUCCAGGGGAUCACCCGGUCCGGAAGGAGUUGCUGGACCAAGAGGAGAGUCGGGCAAGCCAGGUGAACCAGGACCAUCAGGAAAAGCGGGUCUCCCAGGAACUCCAGGUCUCCGGGGAGACAAGGGAGAGGCCGGCAACCCAGGAUUACCAGGAUUCAGCGGACCCAAAGGCCCUGCUGGUCCACAUGGUCCGAUUGGCCCAGAGGGAAAGCAGGGGAUGCCGGGCAGAAUUGGUGAUCGUGGCCUGAAAGGUGAAAAGGGCGACUCAGGUGUGAAGGGAGAUAAAGGACAUGGAGGAGAUCCAGGUAUACCUGGAAACCCUGGACCCCCAGGCAGAAAGGGACACACAGGAAUGAUGGGCAUGUCUGGACCACCAGGAGAACUAGGGUCUCCUGGGCCACAAGGAUCUUCAGGAAACCCUGGUCUACCAGGCCAGAGGGGAGAGUCUGUGUCACUGGAGCAGAUGAGACGGCUCAUCCAGGAGGAGCUGGCCAAACAAUUAGAUGCCAAACUGGCUUACAUCAUGGCUCAGAUCCAGCCAGCCCAUGUAAAGAGUACUGUCGGCCGUCCUGGACCUCCGGGCACAUCAGGUAAAGAUGGCAGCACUGGACGACCUGGACCCCCUGGCGAGCCUGGCAUGCCUGGACAGAAUGGAGGAGAAGGUCCCAGAGGACCCAUGGGCCCUAAAGGUGAGAAAGGAGGAAGAGGAGAGAAGGGAGAACCUGGUAUUGGUGAAAGAGGAGAGAAUGGUGUUCCUGGCCCAAUCGGUCCCGCCGGUCUACCUGGCUACGGUAAAGAUGGAAGCCCAGGACAAGCGGGAGCCCAAGGAGAACCUGGAAACCCCGGCCCCCACGGUCAGCCUGGACCGUCGGGUCCUACUGGCCAAUGUGAUCCCAGCCAAUGUGCCUAUUACGCCAGCCUGGCACAAAGACCCCACACCAAAAACGUCAAGGGGAAAUAAGAAAGAAGAGACACACAGAGCAUGAAGUCCAGCUGUAUUCAUGAACUUGCGGUUGUGUCAUUCUGAAUCGAGAACUUUUCCUUUUUCAAGAUAACCUCAGUACGGAGGGUGUAAGCAAUAUGUGCUGCCGGUCAGAUUCUUUGUUUUGUUUGUUUUUGGUAUGAAGGGUGGGACAGACUGAUUGAGCAUCGGGAACUUUUUAAGAUUUAAUAAUGGGGUAAAGAGGGCAGCUAAACAGUUUUUUGCUUCCUGUAAAAUAUAUAGGGAGAUAACAAGGAUGACGCACUUCCCCCCUCUUGAACGCCUCCCAUCGUGGGUAAAGAUUUGGGAUCCUGAUAUCGUAUCUUUCAUCAGUAAUUAUUACAAAACGUACAGCCGGGCCUUUUUCUCGCUGGAAUAUCUCAUUCAUCAUUCAUCAUCACAGCUUUUUUUUUUUUUUUUUCUGCCUCACACCAUUUUGCAUCCAAAGCUGACACUUUCGAUAAAUUGAUAUUGUGUUGGGGAUCUUCUAUCAGUCUGCUGGUAACAGCUAAGUCAAAGGGGGGGACGGGGGGGGGGGACGGCGUUAGGCACAAUCUCAAAUACCACUAGUGAUUUUGUGUAGGAGGAGUGUUAAUGAUUUAGUUCGGAGAGUGAGGAAUGACCACAUUUGUCCACGUCUUGCCGCCAGAUCAUUGGCAGUAUGGGCCGAGUUUUGGUUCACAUUUGCACAAAAGAACAGCCAGUUGACUGAAAUAUCUUUCAGAGAAAAUCACCUUUAUAUACAUUGACCGUGUUGCUUGAUUUGUUGAAGACAACAGCACUGAUGUAUUUAGACAGACAUGUAACAAGAUGCCGUGAGAUUAAACUGGAGGCAGUGACAGUGUCACAAUCCUUUAAUUGACAAUGUUCUUUCAAGCCCCUGGAGAAAUUUGAAGAAUUGCUUUCCUUCAUUUGUUAUCGACUCCAAAAAAACUAAACUAUCCACAAUAUUACUUUUACAUCAAUUUUUUUUUUUAAGGAAAAUAUCAAAUUUUAUAAAAUUGGCAUGUAUGCCUAAGUCAUGCUAUGUAAUAAUUUGGUUCAGCCACAGUAAUUCUUAUCAAACCCAGAGGUUAAGACAGGAAGACAUGCAGCAUCAGAUUUAUACUGUUUAAUGACCAUUCUCUGUUGGAGGUGUGCAUUGACUUGAGCAGUGAACAGCUUUUAGGAGGUGGUAUAAUUGCAGCCUUUGUUCACCUUUCUUGAAAAGCUGUUUGUUUCACUCUGUUUUCUCUGAAUGUGUCACUUCCUUUUUGUUCACUGAGGCUUAUUAAGUGCCUAUGCUGUGGCAGGGGCCCGGGCAACUCGGCCUUGCUCUGAAAAGACAUUUCUUUUCUUUUUCGUUCCCUGGGACUUAAAAUUAGACAGUUGCUUCCCUGCAUGCCGAUGACCAGAGCAUUGUGGUGACCAUUUGAAAGAUGUUUGCCUCACGUCCCUCACGGACCAAUUAAACUUCUCGCCAACCUCUACCAUGCUAGUCACUGAAAAUCUAUUAAAUAGCUUCCACAAAGGUUAUCACAUUUGUCUACCAGAAACACAUGCAUAGCAACAAGAUCAUAAUGAAAGUAGUUCAAUUUUGAGGAAGAGAUUAUAGACAUUUUCUCAUCUUGCUCAGGCUACCUAAUGGAGGGUGAUUCAUUAAAUAAUAUCAACCUCAUUUUGAAAAUGAUGAGAAAUGCUGAAUUCAUAAGUGAAAAAACAUGCCUUCAAGUUUUUUUAUUUUGUGUCCACAGCAUCAUGGUCUGUCUGACUCAGAGCUUCUGAUGGCUAAUAUUUGCUAAUUUUGGCAAAAGGUCUAACCUCCUGCAAAACUCACAUUUGGCCACAUGUGUUCCGUAACGGCUGCUUCGCAAAAAUUAUCGGAUAAUUUUAAACGAGAGAACCUAUAAAUUGAAAAAAAAAAAAUCACAGUUAAUUCAAGACCAGAUCAUAAACACCCAGCAGGUUGGACCUACUAGCUUGAGUCAACACUUACAAAAAUGGCUUUCCUUCUAAGAAACAUCGACUCACAACAAAUUAGUAUUUUUCUACAAAUUUCACAGCUGACUAUACAACAAAAUAAUUUUUCUUAGGCCUUUAAAGGAGCUCAACUACAUUAUAAAUCAACAGUGUGUUAUGGCUCCUUUAAUGUCAGUGGUCGAGAGCAGCUUUAAAUGCAGUGAAGUUCAAAUAAAUGUACAGAAGUUUUCGAAAUUUGGUCAACGAACGUGUGAUUGGAAAACCUGCUCUUUAAGCCAUGAUAUCUAAUAUCUGUCAGCGGCUUCUGUCAGUGGUUUACCAUUUAACAAAACAACCGUAUCAGUAUUGCUAUUUUGUGUUUCUGAUUUGUAAAUGCUUUUCAAUAGUCUUUGUAACAGCACCUACUACCCAGUAGGUUGCUGCACAAAGGCCAAUAUUUUGUAAUGCUUAUAGUCCAUACAUCUUGCAAUAUUCAACUUGUCUUUUUUGCUGAUAGAUUUUUUUUAAGUUAUGUUGAUAAAUUAUUCACAAUCUGAAUCGAUACAAGUGUUUCAAGGCAUUAACAAAAUAUCAUUAACUUGUUUUCCCAUUUUCCUCCUGACAAAUUGGUGCUAAGAUAGUUUAAAUGAGUAGCAUAUUGUAAGUAUUGGAAAGACAGAUGUACUGUACUGUAUAAUAAAGAA